UUGUUUUGCAGCAGGUCAGGAACACAACACAACGGAGAGGAGGAGGAGAAGAAGACAGAAGAGCAGAUAGAAGACAGAGGGUACAGAGUGUUUAUUACAGACUGAGAGAACAGUACAGGGUGUUGUGUGGUGAAGAAAAGGAACCCAGAGAAGAACAUGCCUUCAGAAAAGUCUUUUAAACAGAGGAGGACGUUUGAACAGCGUGUGGACGACGUGAGGCAGAUCCGCGAGCAGCAUCCUAACAAAAUCCCGGUCAUCAUCGAGAGGUACAAGGGUGAGAAGCAGCUUCCCAUUCUGGACAAGACAAAGUUUUUGGUUCCUGAUCACGUGAACAUGAGUGAACUCAUCAAGAUCAUCCGGAGGCGCCUACAGCUUAACUCCAACCAGGCCUUCUUCCUGCUGGUGAACGGCCACAGCAUGGUCUCCGUCUCGGCCGCCAUUUCCGAGGUGUAUGAGCGCGAGAGGGACGAGGACGGCUUCCUCUACAUGGUCUACGCCUCUCAGGAGACUUUCGGAGCGCAAUAAACUUCCUUAUCAUGGGUUUUCGGACACUGAUACGAUCCCUCGCUUUCGUCCUCUUUUUCCUCACUUCUUCAUGCAGACACCAGAUAUACGGCGGUGCAGGACCGAGACACGUAUUUCCCUGUCUGUUUGAUUUCGGAUCAUUUGUUUUUAUCCCAGAUCUGUCUCUUAUAAAUGUAAAGGGAUCGUUUUUGUUUUGCUUUGUUUUUUUUUUAACACACUUUAGCUAGCGAUUAGCCUCGAAACGACGGCUAGGCCACAAACGUGUGUUUUUCCCGUUGUCUUCUGUCAUAGACAGCGUGUGUGUGUGUCCAUGUCUGAUGUAGUUGCUUUUCUUUUAUUGUUCAAAUUUGAUCGUAUAUAGAAAUCGUCGCACGCUAAUAUAAACGUACAACAAGAUGGCCGAAGUCGAAAUCCAUCUACAGCCAUCCGUCUUUUUACAUUUUUCCCUCUUCACAAAUCCAAAUAUCUCUUUCUAGCACAUUAUGUAUAAUCGCAAUAUUUUACGCGAGAUCAGCGCGUAGCUAGCGAGACGUGACGGUUAUGGACGAGCGAUUCCACAGCGCGACAGUCGCUGUUAUUAUAAAACGCAGAACGAUUUUUUAUUUUUUUUGCCUAAACAAUUUGCAGUCAAAGUUUCGUAGCGUAACCAAACACAAAUCCGUAACGAGUCCUCGGAUGUCGCGUUACGCGCCGUUUUUUUGUCUUUGCGAACGUGGCACAGUUACGCACCGUCCUCAAUAGUUACAAAAAAUGUUAUUGUAGCGCUUUAAUGGGUGGAGCAAAGUGGGCGGUGCUGAUCGCUAGGGGUGGAGCCUGUGGGGAAAAAUCGUAGCUAUAAAUUUUAGUUCGUACAGACCUGAAGUUUUAUAAACAGUUUGAAAUUUCGUUAAAAAGUUAGUUGCCGGGUGUUCAAGCGUAAAUGGUACGAUAAAAUAUUAUCGUAAUACGGAUACUUAAUUCUUUGAGUAUCGUGAACAUCGUUACCAUCUUAUCUUCACUUUUCGUUGUAAAUGUAACUAUCGCAUUUAAUUGAGUCGGAUCCCUAGUUAUUUUUUUGUAUUUAAUUGAUUAACAAUACUUGAAUUUAGCAUUGAGACGAGCUCCACGUGAUCCGCGCUGUAAAAUCUCUCUCAGAAAUACGACGUGUGAAAUAUUGCGAUAAAAAGAAAAUCGACCGGUAGCCCAAAAUCAGCCUUUUUUUUGUUUUUUUGUUUCUCCUUCACGCCAUCUCUUUAUUUUCCUCAGUGGCUCAGAUAAAAAAAAAUAAUAAUACAGAAAUAAAAAUGCCAAGCUAUAAUACCGCAUAUGAUUGUAGUUCAGAGUGUUUUGUAUUUGAAAAACAAACAAUCGUAAAUCGUUUAACGAAGAAAAAGUAAAAGAAAGAAAUCUGCGGUUGGUGUUUGGAAUCCGGCCGACGUCGUGGCUUUUCUUCCGUCGCACGCUUCUUUUUAGAGUUUUAUUAGAGCUUUAUUUACGCUGUGUGUGUGUGUGUGUGUGUGUGUGUGUGUGUACUUUGCUGUGUAUACAUCACCAUACGACAAAGAACUCUGUAGAUGCCUUUUAUCCUGCGUUUAGCCUGAAGUUUUUAUUUAAAAAAUGUUUUCCUUGUAAAAAGAAUGUUCAUACGCUACACUUCUGUGUAUGGAACUGAGUAAACAAAUGAAUAAAUAUUUCUUUGAAAGAUC